AUGUCGAACCGUACCUUUAACCGGCUGUGGACCGGGGCUCAGAAAGAUCUCGAAAAGCUCGCGGUAAACGAUUUCGAGUAUCAGGCGAUCGAAGCGCAGCACGAUCGCGGUGAAAUACAGGGCCAGGUGUACGAGCUGUACCUACGCUACCUGGUCAUUUCGAACCGCCUGGAGGAGAUCUACGAUCAGAUCGUGCAGCCGCAGAAGCGCAUCCUGAUCCGCAAGCUGCUCGACAACUGUCUCGGUCGGAUGCUGGAGCUAAAGCACGACCUGGUCGUCAUCGAUAUGACCGAGUUUAGCUACAACGACGCGGUGGUGGACAAACUCGGCCUCACGCCGCUCAGCAUGGAGGUGAACGUGCCGCGGUACUUCCGGCGCGAGCGCGAAGAGCAGCUGAACGAGCGCAAAAAGUUUAUGGAUGACAUCCUGAAGAAGAUCGGUGCCCUGGACGAGGAGGUGGUCGAGGAGGAACUGAGUGAGCUCGAAGCGAUCCGCAUCAUUCAGACGCACGAACGGGCCCGCCAGGGGCGGCUGCGGGCCCAGUUUAUGAAGGAGCUGAAGAUUCUGAAGGAGAAAGGAAAACCGGACAGCAGCCGUGACAAGUCGACCACGGGGCUGAAUGCGGCGAUGAAGAUUCAGAAAACGUGGCGCGGAUACGCCACACGGCGGCAGACGCGGCGCAAGAAGAUGGAAGAAAUGAUACUGAUCGGUAUGGUGCCACCGCCCGUCACCUCGGCACGGACCGCGAUCGACGAGCUGGAGGAUUUGAAGCAGUUCCGGUACAAGCAGCAGAAAACGUUCCAGGACGACUACGAGCGCUCGUUGGUGCGCGUGAAGGAGGAGAUCAGCGUGAAGCAGGGGGCCGCCAUGACGGAGGACAUUGCCGACGAGAUCCGGACGUGGUUCAAGGAGUACCAGAAGCGUACCGGCCGGCUGCCCGACUUUCCGUCGGAGGAAGCGGGCGGUUCGCGGCAUCUGCUGAGCCGCCAGGGAACGGAGAGUGAGCUGAGUCGGUCGUCGGUGAUGUCGUCGCGCGAAUCGAAGCUCAAGGGCAGCGGCAAGGAGAAGCUGGCCCAGAAGAAACCGGGCGAAGUGUCACUCGAGGAGGGCCUAGAUAGGGCGUUCAAGCCGAUGCAAUCGUCGUUUCUGCCCGAGAUCAAGGGCGGCAUCGAGGAGUACACGGACGUGUGGAAGGGUAAGGACGAGUCGCAGAACCUCCGGCAGACGUACUACGACGACAUGAUCUACGAGGAGAAGUAUGCCGACGUCGAGGCGGAACUGCGCCGGAUAGUGGACGAAAUUAUGCGCCAGGAGCUGGAGCUGCUACAGAUUGCGCUGGAGCGCGACCGGGGUGGCAAGAAGCUGAAGAAGAGCAGCAAAAAAGCGCGCCGCAGUGGCAAGAAGGGCAAGAAGAAGAAGGACAAGGAUCUGACGCCCGACCGCACGACGGAGUCCCUGUUCGAGGAGCUGGUCACGAACGGGAUCAUCAAGAAGUAUCCGGAGACGCCGAUUAAAGCGUACGUCGGUGACCUCAGCUACGCGGCCCGCAGUGCCCUCAAUCCGUCGCCAGGGGACGUGCGGCAGUUGGUCAAACAGUAUUGCAUCCUGCCGCUCGGUUCCGAAACGAUCCGCAAUUUUGGUCCGUGCAUCAAGUCGCUGCUGAUUGCCGGACCGAAGGGUUCCGGCAAGACGUCGCUGGUGCACGCGAUCUGCACGGAGACGGGUUCGGUGCUGUUCGACAUCAGUCCACCGAACAUCGUCGGCAAGUACCCGGGCAAAUCGGGGCUCAUCAUGCUGAUGCACCUGAUCUCGAAGGUGUCCCGGUUGCUGCAGCCGUCGGUGAUCUACUUUGGGGACGCCGAAAAGCCGUUCAUGAAGAAGAUCCCCAAGACGGACCGGACGGAUCCGAAGCGGCUGAAGAAGGAUCUGCCCAAGCUGGUCAAGAACAUUCAGCCGGAAGAUCGGAUCAUGCUGAUCGGCACGUCGGACUGUCCGUGGGAGGCGGACAUGAAGCUGAUGGUGCAGACGUACCAGCGGUUCGUGUACAUUCCGCGCCCCGACUACGGGGCCCUUUCGUUUGCGUGGAAGGAACUGCUGAGCCACUACAGUGGGGUCCACCGGCAGUUCGAUACGGGUGCGAUGGCCAAGAUUUCCGACGGCUACACGAUCGGUUCGGUCGUACGGUGCAUCCGUGAGGUGAUCACCUGCAAGCGGAUGCUACAGCUCCGGGUACACCCGUUGACCCACCUGGAGCUCAUCAAUGCUCUGAGUGCUCUCGAGCCGGUGUACAAGGAGGAAGAGGAAGCGUUUCUCUACUGGUGGUGCAAGACACCGCUCGGCCGGCGUCGAUCGAAGCAGAUGGAGAAGGAUCACGAAGCGCUGAUGGAGAUGGAAAAUGUGCCGAAGAAGAAGAAAUAG